GCUCCACAUGCUCGGCGAGAUAUGAGCGCCAGUUAGAUGCACUUGGAUUACCGGCUGCUGAACUGAAACAACGUCUCCGCUCAUAAAAAUAUGUAAAACAGUGACGUUUCUGAUUACACUUCUUUUUAACGAGUGGAUAUUCUCCUCAGUCGGAGAUAAAACACAAGAUGCAGUGAAAGCAUCACUUAUUAUAGUCCCAGACGAUGGAAUUCAGUUUGAGAAGCCCAGUGUGAGAAAGUGAAGUGUGCGCGGGAUAUAGGCUACAUUCUCCUCCAUAUAACGAGCCUCCAUUGACUGCCUGUGAUGUGCCUUUUCUGUCUGCUCCCAGAAAGCUAUUUGUGCCCCAUUAUCUGAUUUAUAGAGAUAAAGUCAGUAUCUGAGAGCAUGGGUUGGCAAGAUACCCUAUGGCUUUUGACAUCAUUUAUCUUGAGUGCAACAAAAGCUGGAACAACAGAGACAAAAGCAGAGCCCACCGCUGAUUUAUCCCUUACUCCUGUAUUGAUGGCAAUGGAGGGAGAGAGGCUGAUCAUGACUGAGUCUCAGUACAAAUGUCUGGAGCUUCUGAGCCGAGAUGGAUCCAAUAAUAAAACAGGUUCGUUCUGCAGCAGAUUCUGGGAUGGCUUGCUCUGUUGGGAUGAAACCCCUGCUGGAACCUUUGCUUCACAGAACUGCCCAGACUAUCCCAGCUUUGACCCCUUGGAAAAAGUAACCAGGUACUGUGAUGAAUCUGGCAACUGGGUACACAGUUCAUCCAUCAAUAAGACUUGGUCCCACUGUCUCACAUUCUCAAAGGAGAAAAUAAAGACGUUGCCAGUUCAUGGGUUUUUAGAGACGGAGACGGAGAUGGAUCCUACCGCUGAGAGUCAGGUCAGCCCCGUAGUGACUCAGAAAGCGAAGGAGAGGAAGAAGAUCAUCGAUGGUCAAUAUAAAUGCUUUGAGAAAAUGAACAGAGACCAGCCAUAUAACAAAUCAGGUCCAUAUUGCAACCGCACAUGGGAUGGCUGGCUAUGCUGGGAUGACACACCAGCAGGAACAUACACAUCUCAAAACUGUCCCAAUUACUUCCCUGACUUUGACUCUACUGAAAAGGUCACCAAGUAUUGUGAUGAGACAGGAAACUGGUUUAGGCACCCUGAGACGAACAGGACAUGGUCCAACUACACCCUCUGCAUUGCUCACACCAAGGACAAACUCAAGAUGGCGUAUAUUUUGUAUUACAUGGCGAUCGUGGGUCAUGCUCUUUCUAUAGUGUCCCUUCUCAUCUCGCUGGCCAUUUUCUUUUAUUUCAGGAGUCUGAGCUGUCAGAGAAUCACUCUACACAAGAACCUGUUCUGCUCGUAUGUGCUCAACUCAGCCUUCACCAUCGUCAACCUCAUAACUGUGGUCAACAACCCCAAAGUGGUGCAGAGGAAUCCGAUUGGCUGCAAGGUGCUUCACUUUUUCCACAUGUACAUGCUGGGCUGCAACUAUUUCUGGAUGCUCUGUGAGGGGAUUUACCUGCACACGCUGAUUGUGGUGGCUGUAUUUGCAGAGGAGCAGCAUCUGCACUGGUAUUAUCUUCUGGGCUGGGGAUUCCCCUUGGUGCCUGCAUCCAUCCAUGCUGUGGCGAGGAAGAAAUACUUUGAUGACAACUGCUGGAUGAGUGUGGAGACACAUCUGCUGUAUGUGGUUCAUGGCCCCAUCAUGGCAGCUUUAUUAGUCAAUUUAUUCUUUCUGCUGAACAUAGUACGGGUUUUGGUGACCAAACUGAGAGAUACACAUCGAGCUGAGUCCAACAUGUAUAUGAAGGCAGUGAGGGCCACCCUCAUUCUGGUGCCCUUAUUGGGCAUUCAGUUCGUCAUCUUCCCUUGGCGGCCAGAGAACCGCUUAGCAGGAGAGAUAUACGAUUACAUCAUGCACAUAUUAAUGCAUUACCAGGGAUUACUGGUGGCAACCAUAUUCUGCUUUUUCAAUGGAGAGGUCCAGGGAGCUCUGAAAAGGCAGUGGAUGCAAUACAAAGCCCAGUGGGGUCAGCGACGACGUGAGCACUGCUCCAUGAGAUCCACCUCCUACACCGCCACCUCCAUCACUGAGGUGCCCACCUUCAUGUACCAUAAUGACUGCAACAGUGAACACUUGAAUGGUAAACAAACAGAAGACUCUGAGCUAGUGGCCCUCAAGACGGGCGACACAUACGCAUAAACAUUCAGAGAGAAAGAUAAUACUGGGAAAGAAAGUGAUUCAAUCAAACUGGAGACUGGAGACUCAGAUUGACUGAACGUUUGCAAACUCCCCAUCUCAGACAGCACUUGAGCGUUGACACCAGAACAUUCAAAGCCUUGUGCUGGCAAAGCCGUUUCUGUUGAAAUAUUACUCAAGGCUUUGUUUAUAUUCUCUUCAGCUCUGCUUCUGCGAGUUGAAACGCAAAGUAAACGGAAAAAAAAAAUACAGACAUGGGAUGCACUUUUUAAAAUGUCAUACUAAAGCUGCUAGUGUCAGGCUCCUCUCACAUCCUUUUUGGGCUUGUGGCCACAAAUAAAAAAAAAAAAGUUACUUUGCAAAAAACCAAAGGAUGUGUUGAUUUGUGGGAUGCUGAGUGUUUCUCUAAAGCCACUGGGAAACGAUCCUCCAGAGGACAGACUAUGCUCAUCUGUCUCUGAACAAAGGAAAGCUCUUCUGUGCCUGAAUCCUGUUCCUGAUGGUGGAGAAAUGUCAAAGGAGGUUACAAAGAUCUGUCUGACGGUCAUUUCGCAUUUGAAAAUAGCUUUUUAUCUGUCUUGCGAGACUCCUGACUGCUUUAUUGUUUUUGCAGCUGUACUUUUCUGCCUCGUCUUUGUUGUGAAAGGGGGUGUGGAGGAAAAGAUGAACAACAUGGACAAUUUUAGGACUGCUUAAAAGCAAAUUCAUAAACCUGUGCAUAGAAAUGCACAAAAAUGUAUUCUGUAAACAAAAACAAAACAAAAUAUAUAUAUAUUUAAUAAGCUCCCGUGUUUUAGAGUGCAGAUUGUAUUUAUCGAAGUCUGAUUUCAAGGCAUCUUUUCAGUGUUCUGGAGUUCUACUUUGCCAGCAAGAGCAUUUCCUCUUGGAAACCAAAAUCCACGUCUCAUGAAUGCACCAAAUUUACUUCAUGUUUUCAACUAGUGAUCAAUAAUCCACUUUUCUUCACUUGCCAUUAUUUGACCACAAAUUACUUAUUUUCAGCAUAAAUCAGUGAGUCCCAUAAGAAGCGCCAAAUUAAGAAAUUAGAGCAAAAUAAAUUGUGCUCUAAAUAAAACAUUUAUAUCUUAAGCUUGAGUAAUGUCUGCAUAAAUAUCAGCUUUGCCAUCAGAGUAAUAAAUUGGAUUUAAAAAUUAUUAAAUUAGAAUAAUUUUUAAUUAUAAUAAUAUUUGACGCCAUUAAAAAACAACUGUAUUUUUGAUCAAAUAAAUGCUGCCUUGGUGAGCCUAAGAGACUUCUUUCAAAUAUAUAUAUCUUAUUGACCACAAAAUUUUGCACUGCUAGUGAUAAAUGCAUACAUACAAACACACAUAUAUAUACUGUAGGUUAUUAAAAUCAAAGCAACCCAUCUUGCUAAGCCUGAAGAAAUAACAUAACGUCCUCAGAAAUACUUUGGUGUUUUCUGAAAUUAAAUGUAGAACAGCACGCCCACAUACAGUAUAUUUAAGUGUGUGUAGACUGGACAACUGUGAGGAUAACAAGACCCUCUUGGCUCAAAUCAAACGCAUCUGGGGUGCAUGUGAUGACAGGCAGCUGUCACAGAGUUUGCAUUGCCUGUCACGAGAAUGCAGUUACAACAACUUUGUAACACAGAUAUCAAAUGCACAUGUGCAACUACAAUGAAAGUGUUCUUUAUAAAUGCAUCAGUCUCUGCUAAAUGAGAAUCAAGUACCUUAUUGUUUAAAGAUCACAUGCAAAAAUCAGUUUAAGGAUUUACAGUAUAGGAAUGCUCACAUUUCCUAAUAAUGUGAAUUUAUGUAUUCAAUACAACAACACUCUGGAAACAAGCUUGUCUCUUUUUUCUGUACGAAAUGUUUAUUUUUCUUGUUACUUUGGACUAUAACACUGUACUUUUAUUUAAAAGAGAUGUUUAGCUGUACAUAGUGUGUUGUGUUUCAACAGGUCUGAGGUGAAAUUGUGACAGUUGGGUCAUUCAUUGUGAGCUGUGUCAGUAUCCUUGACUUGGUAUUUACCAUGUAAUUGUUUUAGUCUAACGUGAAAUUGAUUUAUCAUGGUGUAAAUACAGCCAGUCAUUAAGCUUGUUUGAGCUACAGUUAUAAGUUUGACAUCAAAAAGCUAAAUUUCUUGAUCAUGUUUUUAAAGUGUCUAUUGCUUAUAUUGGAGAUGUCACUGAAAACUAUUGUGCUUUCAGAAAAAAAAUAAUAAUAUUUUUAUUUUGGCAAUCUUUCACCUCUUUGUAAUUGUGUCCAUAUGUACAAACUCUGCCUCUACACUGUACAUAAAAUAUGGCUUAUAGAUA